UAAUAUGAUUCGCUAUGCAAGGCAGAUGCAAAAAUUCUGCAAAGCAGCAGGUGUUUUUGAUGUCGCUGUGAUAGGAGGGGGAUCAGGAGGUUUAGCUUUUGCACUUGUAAUUAGUUUUAAAUAUACAUUAGGAAGGUGCAAAGUUAGGAUUAAAGAUUGCUGUAUUUGAUUAUGUCACUCCUUCAAGCCAAGGUUCAAUCUGGGGAUUAGGAGGAACUUGUGUAAAUGUUGGAUGCAUACCAAAGAAACUUAUGCAUCAAAGUGCUUUACUUAAAGAGAACAAUGAAGGUUCAACUCCUUAUGGAUGGACUCCAAGUGAAUAAGAAUAAGUGAAUUGGGAUAUUUUGGUAGAAAACGUCUAGAACCAUAUAAAAGGGUUGAAUUAUGGGUAUAAAGGAAGCUUACAAAAAUCUGGAAUUCUUUAUUUGAAUGAAUUAGCUACUUUUAAGGAUAAUCACACUUUGCUCUAUGGCAAAUUGGAUGAUUUUAAAUCAAAGGAUGCAAAUAAAUUAAGAGAAUUGAAAUUCAAAUAUUGUGUAAUUAGUACUGGUGGACGUCCAACUAAAUUAUAAUCGAUUGAAAAACAUGCCAUAACAUCUGAUGAUAUUUUUUCUUAAUAAAAACCUCCAGGCAAGACUCUUGUUGUUGGUGGUGGAUACAUAGCUUUAGAAUGUGCAGGAAUGUUAAAAGGAUUAGGUUAUGAUGUAACAUUAAUGACAAGAGGAAAAUACCUUAGAGAAUUUGAUCAGGAUGUUGUGAAAAUGAUAUUAGAGCAUUAUCAAAAAUAUUUGAGAGUCAAUAUAGUACCUGAGUCAUUACCAUUCCAUUCUGAAUAAAAGGAUGAUAAAAUUUUAGUUAAGUGGAGAUCUACUGUUAAUUCAUAAGAAGAUGGUGGUGUUUUCGAUACUGUUCUUAUGGCAAUAGGAAGAUAAGCCAACACUUAAAUGCUUAAUUUAGAUAAAGUAGGUGUCAAAGUGAAUCCUAAUAAUAAUAAAGUAAUAAUAUCAAUAUAAUUUAGAUUAUUGCUAAUUGCAAUGGAGAAGCAGAAAGAACUGAAGUUGACAAUAUAUUUGCUAUUGGAGAUGUAUUAAAUGGAAUUCCUGAAUUGACUCCAGUAGCUUCAAAAAGUGGUUAAUUAUUAGCCAAAAGAAUACAGCUGCUAAUCAAAGGUUCAUAUUCCAAAUAAGAAUAUGAAAAUACUAAGUUAGAAUACAAUGAUUAUCCAACAACUGUGUUUACUCCUCUCGAAUACAGUUUUGUUGGUUUAAGCGAAGAAUAAGCAAAACAAAAGUUUGGAGAACAUGAUAUUGAAAUCUAUCAUUCAAAAUUUGUUCCUUUAGAAGAACAAUUAUGCGAUAAGCUUGAUGAAAAUUAUGAAUUAUUGCAAAGAAAGGUGUAUGUCAAAGCUAUAUGUCAUGUUUCAGAUAAUAAUAAAGUUGUUGGAUUACAUUACCUUGGACCAAAUGCUGGGGAAGUAAUGUAAGGAUUUGCUGUUGCAGUGAAAUUAGGAAUGAAAUUAAGUGAUUUAUAAAGAACUGUAGGAAUUCAUCCUACUAAUGCUGAAGAAUUCGUCCUUCUUAAAGUUACAAAAUCUUCAGGAGCAGACUUUGAAAAACAUGGAUGCUGAGCUUGAGAUUCUCAUAAUUAAUACUCUCUAUUAAAUAAAUAUAUACUUACGUAUAUAUUUUAAUGAUGCAUUAUAUCCAAAUUGCUCUCUAAAGAUAUU